AUGGCUAGGCUGCACAACCGAUUAUUUUGGCCAACAGGCUGUGGAGCGGGAUUGCUGCUCAUCACAUUGCUCAGCGAUGCGCGCGUUUCCUUCGCCUGGAAGCCUAUUGUCUCUGGCAGCCCCAUAACAUCCUACAGCCUCAAGCAAUCGCAUCCAGGUGAGGCCAGCAGCAGCCACGAGCUGGCCACCAGCUAUGCCCAAUUUGGUGGCGAUCAAAAGGAGGAGGACGAUCUAUUGCUGGCGCGCGCCGCUGUCGUAAAUGGCGUGGAAACUGGCAUCACGCACCCCAUCACAUUGGCGGACGAUCACGAAAACCAUUACGAGUCGUACAGCUUAAAGGAUGAUGUUGCUGAGGAACCUUCUCUCAGCUUUCCCCGCACUCCACUCUAUGUCUCCGAUCGCUGCAGUGUCAAGAAAUUCGCAUUCAAUCAGGACGGCGCGGUGGAGUACAGCAACGAGUUGCCCGAGCUGGAUCAGUUCACGUUAUGUUUCUGGAUGCGUUUUACCAAUCACAGCGGCGACCAUGUCAUGUUGACCUACCAAGUGGAAAAGGAACCACGCGAAAUACAAAUCUGGGUCGCGAAUGCGCAAAAUUCCAGUUUCCUAUCGAUGGCCAUAAAAGGUCAGCAAAUGUACAGAUUGAAUUACCCGCUGCGUAUGCGGCAAUGGCAUCACAUGUGCAGCUCGUGGAAUGGAAAGACCGGCGAGUGGCAAGUCUGGCUUAAGGCAGAACGUAUUGGGCGUGGCUUCCACAAUUCGCUAGUGGGCCAUAAAAUACCUGCAAAAGGAAUACUGCGAUCAGGCGGCAGCUCAGUUACCGGUGAGGUGAGCCACGGUCUGCAUUUCGAGGUUACCCUUGUGCAAAUUUAUCGCGUAGCCUUGAGCGCGGGCAAGGCACAUCGGGAUCACAAACACCACCAUGUGCACCAUGUCGACCACGAUGGUCAGGAGGUGUCCAGCACAGCGCGUGCGCCGCCAAUGAUUAAUCGACCUCAGCCCAUGCACUCGCUGCUCGCCAGCGGCCAAAUCCCCACUAGAGUGCGCAUCAAUCUGGCCGGGUCAGGGCCAACGCAAAAACCGCCCGGCGGCGGUGGCAACGGUGCUGAAUUCCAGCCUCAACAACAAGCAAUAACCGUCAACACGAAUUUUGUCAACGGUCAGAUUAACGCUGGUUCUCGAUUGGUGGCCCAGCAGUUGCUUGGUAUUUCGCCCAUACCCCAAAGCCGACCUAGCUCGCCGCCCAUACCCGCAAGUGAGGCAGGUCGGUUCCAGAUGCUCAGCAACUCGGCCAAUGUGCAGUUCAUAGAUGAGACAGAGACGCAUAUACAGUUCAAGCGACACGCGGCGAAUGCGGAUGCGACAACGCAAAGAACUCCAACUAAUGAUAAGAAGCUGCGGAAACGAGGCCUGGUGUUACUGGACGAUGGUUCUGUUGUGGAUGAUGGUUUGGGCACCAGCAACGAGGCAUUUAGCAAAUACAACGGUCUUGCCGACUUUGGAGGUCAGCAGUUCAAACAGGAUUUGACGUUGAAAAUGACACUUGAGGAGGAAAUCAGUUCACACGACCGCGAGCCUGCCGAAGAGGAAGUCAAGGCAGUUAUGGGCAUCUGCAGCAACUGCGACCCAGAGCCUUUUCAGGGUGCAAUUGUGUUCGCCUGGAAGAACGUGGAGGAGCACAUGAACAACACGCUCAAGGGUCUCAGUGUGGGCACCUGCGGCAAUUUCUAGCUGCCUCUACCAGUCAGAAAAUAGCCCGAGGGCUAAAUACAUUUAAGCAGCAAGGAGCAAAGU